AUGGGAGGUCAGAUCACCAGGAAUACCUUCUACGAUUCUCUGAACGGGCCAUUUCCCGCGACAUCCCACCGAUGCCACCACAAGCCCAAGCGCCUGCCCAUCCAGCCCUGUGGGACCUUGUCCUCCUUCCCCCUGCUCUUCCACCCCAGCACCAAGGGCUCGCAGAUUGUUAUGGACAUGUCCCAGAGGACGGUCAAGAGACAGGCCAGCUUCUGCAACGCCAUCACCUUCAGCAACAGGCCCAUUGCCGUGUACGAACAAGUCCGGCUGAAGAUCACCAAAAAGCAGUGCUGCUGGAGCGGCGCUCUGCGACUUGGUUUUACAUCCAAGGACCCAUCGAGGAUCAAUCCGGACACCCUGCCGAAAUAUGCCUGUCCCGACCUGGUGUCCCAAAGCGGCUUCUGGGCAAAAGCCCUCCCGGAGGAGCUCUCCAACGAGGGGAACGUGAUCUCCUUCUGGGUGGAUAAGAAGGGCCGGGUCUUCUAUCGGAUCAACAGCUCCAGCCCCAUGCUGUUCUUCAGCGGCGUGCACGUCGCCGAACCCCUCUGGGCUCUUAUCGACGUAUACGGCCUCACCAGGGGGGUCCAGCUGCUCGACAGUGAGAUGGUCCCCCUGGACUGCCUGCGUCCUCAUUCUUUCACCGCCGCCCACCGGGCGUCCAUUCAGCAGAGCGGCGACGACCCCCGCCUCUCCAUCAGCCUGUGCAGCCUCAACCUGCCGCAGCAAGACAUGCAUCUGGAGGAGGAUGAUGAGGAUGAAGAGAGACUACAGACUCUGAGCUCCAGCUCCUGCCACGUGCCCCAAAACUCCCAGAACUCCCAGCAGUGCUCCCUGCUGCCCAGCUUGGACACCGACCUGCACUUCCACUCCGUGCACGGCGUCCACGUCACGGUGCUGGACAAGCACACGAUGGCGCGGCUGGAUCACCGCGGCGACGAGCGGACCCUGGUGUUCACCAGCCGGCCCAUGCGCUGCUCGGAGACCGUGUUUGUGAAGGUGAAGGCCGGCGCCACGCGGCCGGGGUCCCUCUCCUACGGCGUGACGUCCUGCGAUCCGGCCGCCCUGAGGCCCAGCGAUCUCCCCUCCAAUCCCGAGUCCCUGGUCGAUCGCAAGGAAUUCUGGGCCGUGUGUCGGGUGACUGUGCCCCUCCACAGCGGAGAUAUCCUGGGCUUUGUGGUAAACCCAGAGGGGGAGGUGGUGAUGAGCCAUAAUGCUGUCAGUGCCGGGAUGCAGCUGUGUGUGGAUAACUCCAGGCCUCUCUGGAUGUUCUUCGGUCUGCACGGCAACGUCACACAACUCAGGAUUUUAGGCUCGUCUCUGCACUCAGACCCUCGAGGCCCGUCCGUGCCCAGCUCCCCGUCUUGUACACCCAACACUCCCACAGUGCUUUGCAGCGGCAACUCCGAGUCCAACCUCAACACUCAGCUGAACAUCAACCUCAACUCCAACUACCAGGCGCUGUUUUCCUCGUCCACAGGUACAACUCCGAGCUCGCCGUUCUCCAGCCACCCGGAGUCGCCCACCUUCCCCGCCUGCUCCGGCUCGUGGAGCGACGAGUGCACCAUCUGCUACGAGAACGUGGUGGACACCGUCCUCUACGCCUGCGGACACAUGUGUCUCUGCUACGCCUGCGGCCUCAAGCUGAAGAAGAUGGCCAACGCCUGCUGCCCCAUCUGCAGGAGGACGAUCAAAGACAUCAUCAAGACCUACCGGAGCACGUAGGCCCGCCGUCCGCAAAAGUCAAGCCAUGCGGAGACUUUUGUAAAUACACAGCACAAAGUAAAAGCCCUGCUUGUUUGUGUGUGUAGUCUGGCUCAGGUACUCUUCGACGGGACUUCAAGCAUUUUUUGAACGCGUUACUUUACAAAAGCACAAGCGCCGCAGAGCACACACGGUGGUUUCCCGGCGUGAUCAACGGGAGCGAGGCGUGUGCCGCCGCAUUCAAAGCACAUCAUUGUACCUUGACCCAAUUCUGUGAGAGAAGAAGAGAAAAAUGAUCAGACAUCUGCCCUACUUCCUGCGAAAUAAGCGAUAACAUCACUGCCAGUUUUAAAAGUACUAUUGUCCAGAGCUGGGGAGAAUCAAACAAAGAGAAUAAGUCAGUGAUUUCGCCAGCUGCUCCCCCACUUCCUCCUAAGAGGAAAGUGCUGUUUAGAAAAAGAAUCGAUUCUCUUCUAAAUCCAAGAGAAAAUUAAAACAAGACAUUUUUUACUUUAGAUUUCCGAAACGCUGUCAGACACCGGCGAGGAAUUAAUAGCAAGAUGAAGAAAACAGGCUUUGUGUUGAAAUGCUUCUCCAGCAAUAAAAUAUACACUGAAAUGAUGAAAGUGAAUGGCUAAAGAAAUACCUAAAGGAGCUGUGUUGUGUAACGGAUGAAGCGCUUUGCUGAAUAUUUCACCACCUGCCGCGCUUCUGCGAAUCCCGGGCAGGGCGCAAACCGUGCAGAGGGUGAAAAAGUGUGAAUACUGUCACCGUGGAAGGUCACGCUCGUGCUGAAUGAGGAUGUAAAUCAGCGAGGAGGCGGCGAGGGGAGGGAGGAAGGAGGCGAGAGGAUGUUGUAUGUUUGGGAGGGAGAGAGAGAGAGAGAGAGAGAGAGAGAGACGGGAGGAGGAAGGGACGCCUUCGCCGGGUGUCUGUUUCGGUGCAGCGAAAGUCUUUGAUCCCUCAGACAUACCAGAUACAUCAGAAGUUUGUAUGAAAGCCUGGAAAAUGUGGGACUUGUAUGGGCCGUGUGUCCUGCUUUUUUGGCAGCCACACAUACACACACACACACACACACACACACACACACACACACACCUCCACCACCAUCUCUGGUUGCUGAGUGAAGCUGACUAGAUGCUGUAAUUGCACAAAGUCAUCCAAAUAAACACUGGUGGGCAGUGAAAUAUUUUUAAAAUGCCGAGAAAAAUCAAGCCCGAUGAAUCGACUUCUCUUUAUUCCCACGAGAAAGCCAUGAGAUUCCCGUACAAGUUACAGGCUGUUUCCUUCAGGUUCAGGUUACACACUUUUUUUUUUUUUUUUUUUUUUUAAUAUAUCCAACUGAAACACAAGUAUUUGCUUGUAUCGGUGACGUGUUUUGUCUUCAAGUGGUUAAAAA